AACUCCCAUCCCUCUCCCGGCAUGGUAAUGAGUGAAGAAGACUCAAAGACAAAUGGCUCAUUAAGAAGCAGUGCUGCAUUGCAGGAUUUCUCAUCCCACCAACCGCUGCAUCAGCAGAGGCAGCACCUCUCGCGCUCGCUCUCCCAGCCCUGAGAAGGAGCUGUCAGGCAGCUGGGGCUGGUGCCAAAAUUAAUCAUGUGCUUAAUAACGUGCCCGGCCCAUCGAACGGCCUGUCCUCAGCCUCCCAGCGUGCUGAACGGGGCGGCCACGCUGGGCUGGAGCCCUGGGGCACCGUGGGUUCGGGUUUGGUGCUGGGAAGCACCUGUACUCAGUGAGGAGGGACGUGCCAGGGCAGGGCUGAGCCAGAGGAGAUGCCCUGACUCGGGAUGCCAGAGCCCCAGCUCUGUCGGGGUGCUGGGCAGCACAACGCUGCCAGCCCUUCUCAGAGGCCAUGGUAAACGCUUCUGCCUCCCCUCACACUGGCAAUUAUUCAGCUGCUGUUUGUCUUUCAUGACUUUUUAAAAAUCUUGCCUCAUCCCUUCUUUCCAGCAGUGCCCAGUUGGAUCCGGCCCCUCAGAGCCCUCUGUGGGCAGUGCCCACCUGCAGCCACUCUGUUUGCUUUUAUUAACAGUAACUGGGUUUGAUUUCCUGAUCGCAUCGAGCACGUUUGCUGUGACAUUUGCAUCUUGCUCACACUCCUUUCCUCUUUCCCUUCCCCUUCCCCCUUCCCCUUUCCUUUCCCCUUCCUGUGCUAAAUUAGCUGAUCUCUUACUAAGCCCCACUUUUCUUUUCCUCCAGGCUGAGUAAAUUUUACUAAUUCAGCCUCAUAAAAUAACAGAGCAAUUAGUAAUAAAAUAAAAUGUUUGCUUUCCACAAUCCUGCUCACUUACAAUGAAUUGGGAAAGAGUAAAUAGAUUAAAAGCGCGGUGGAAAGCGACCUGGCGGUAUUCCAUAUUUAUUUUCUUCCGACGACCGUAGAUCAAAUUUGUUCAGCCCCUAAGUGGGAAAAGCACUUUGUUUUAUUUUUUUCCCAGGCUCCAGCUCGUGGUGCCGGGCGCUCACGCUGCGUGUUUGUUCUCUCCUGCUUUCAUCCCAAGCCAUAAAGGUCCCCAGCAGGACCUGUGCUGGCAGAACCUGGCGCUAAUUUACCGAGCAGAACGGGCCGAGCUCGCGCCUCUCCUGGGCUGGAGGCUGGAAAAAAAGUCCCUUUGCUGACGCUGGAAGGCUGGGGUGGCGGGAGGAGGCUUUGUGGAGUGUGAGGCUGGAUCUGGAGCAAAUCAAAGUCGAUGGCGAGGUGGCCGCUGGGCCAGCUCCGGCACCCGCUGGCAGGGAAUUGCAUAACAGGAUGGGGCUGGGGAUGGUUUUUGGGCUAAACUGGGUGAAACACGUGGCCGUGGCCGUGCAGAGCUGUCCCUGUCACCGCUGGUGCAGGCAGCACUGGUGUGGGGCGGCCUCAGGGGAGGAGGGAAGGCUGGGCUGAUAAAGAACACACAGGGAGGUGGGUCAGGCGGGUUCUGGGGAGGGACAUCCUGGCUCUUCCUCCCCGGGUUUCAUCCCCCUCGUGUUCCUCCCGCAGAGCCUGCUGCCCCCGGGACACCCAGCGUGGAGGAGCCGCUGCCGGCCGGGGCCAUGAGGACAGCAUCCCCCUGAGCGCCGGGCGAUGAGCCUGCAGGGACAACCCUGCAGGAUGCCGAGGCUACGGGCAGGAUGCUGACACCAUGAAGGGCUACCAUGGGGAGCGUAGCCAGACACAGCCCUCCUCCGGCCACCGCUGCCGCUGCAUCCCCGAGGACUGCGAGCGUCCCGCCGACUACAUCCCGCACGGCCCCGAGGGCCGGCCGCCCUACCUGCUCAGCCCCAGCGAGCCGUGUUCCCUGGAGCAUCCCUACUGCCCGGCGCGGAGCCCCGGCGCGGCCAGCGAGUGCCCGGGCGGGCCCCUGAGCGAGCCGCCCUCCGCCAGCGCCAGCAGCACCUUCCCGAGGAUGCACCACGCGCAGCAGCCCUACGACUCCUGCGACGAAUGCAUGGCGACCGCCCACCCCUCCAGCAAGAUCAACCGCCUGCCCCCCACGCUGCUGGACCAGUUCGAGAAGCAGCUGCCGCUGCACCACGACGGCUUCCACACGCUGCAGUACCCGCGGGCCGGCGGCGCCGAGCCCCGCAGCGAGAGCCCCAGCCGCAUCCGCCACCUCGUCCACUCCGUCCAGAAGCUCUUCGCCAAGUCCCACUCCCUGGAGGCGCCGGCCAAGCGGGACUACAACGGCGCCAAGAUGGACGGCCGCGGGGACGGCUACCACCACCACCACCACCACCACCAUCACCACCACCACCACCAGUCCCGCCACGGCAAGCGCAGCAAGAGCAAGGACCGCAAGGUGGACUCCCGGCACCGGUCCAAGAUGUUGGGCUGGUGGAGCUCCGACGACAACCUGGACAGCGACAGCAGCUACAUGGUGUCCGGCCGGCACGCCGCCGACCAGGGCACCCAGUACUGCGUGGACGCUCCCGAAAGUGCCUUCAGAGACUUGACCUUGAAGAGUCUAAAGGGCGGCGGGGAAGGAAAAUGCCUGGCCUGUGCCGGCAUGUCCAUGUCUCUGGACGGCCAGACGCUCAAGAGGAGCGCCUGGCACACCAUGACCGUCAGCCAGGCCCGGGAAGCCUAUCCCAGCGCUGGUGGCACCGAGAAGACCUUGAUGCUUCAGGAAGCAAAGGCCAAAGACCGAGCUUACCAGUACCUGCAGGUGCCACAGGACGAGUGGAGCGGGUACCCAGCGGGCAAGGACGGGGAGAUCCCGUGCCGGCGGAUGCGCAGCGGCAGCUACAUCAAGGCCAUGGGCGACGAGGACAGCGCCGACUCCGACAUCAGCUCCAAAGUGCUGCCCAGGGCGGCCACGCGGCGAGACAGCUACCGCCGCUCCUCCAGCGCCGACCAGGCCAGGACCAAGUUUGCAAGUAGGCACUAUUCUGAUUCAUAUAUCUGUAACUGUCCCAGCUGCUGCACGCCACCGCGAAUGCUCCCGCGGGGACAGAGCUACGGGCGCUCCUUCACCACCGGCCAGAUCAACGACGAGCUCAACCACCAGUUUGAGGCCGUGUGCGAGUCGGUUUUCGGCGAGGUGGAGUCGCAGGCCGUGGAGGCGCUGGACCUGCCCGGCUGCUUCCGCAUGCGGAGCCACAGCUACCUGCGGGCCAUCCAGGCGGGAUGCUCCCAGGACGACGAAUGCCUCUCGCUCUUCUCCAUGUCGGCCCCCCCCGGGCCGCCCAUCACCAGCAGCAUCCUGAAGCCCAGCACUUCCUUCAGUUACAGAAAAGCUCCACCUCCCAUCCCUCCAGGAACCAAAGCCAAACCCCUCAUCUCUGUCACGGCGCAGAGCAGCACCGAGUCCACCCACGAGAGUUACCUGCCCAGCGAAGUUUCCCGCGGCCCUGCCUGGUCCAAGGACGCCACGGCCCGCUGCAACUCUGCCGAGAGCCUGGAGAGCUCCAAGGUGACGGCCGUGGCCCUGGACCUGCCCCCGGUGCAGCCCCGCGCCGCUCCCAAGCCCUCCACCCUCAUCAUCAAGGCCAUUCCCGGCCGGGAGGAGUUGCGGAGCUUGGCAAGGCAGCGGAAGUGGCGCCCGUCCAUCGGCGUCCAGGUUGAGGCCGUUUCAGACUCAGACACGGAGAGCCGGAGCCAGAGGGAGUUCCACUCCAUCGGGGUGCAGGUGGAGGAGGACAAAAGGCGGGCGCGGUUCAAGCGCUCCAACAGCGUGACGGCGGGCGUGCAGGCGGACCUGGAGCUGGAGGGCUUCACCGGCCUGGCCGUGGCCACCGAGGACAAGGCCCUGCAGUUCGGGCGGCCGUUCCAGCGGCACUCGUCGGAGCCCGAGUCGGGCCGGCAGUACGCCGUGUACAAGACGGUGCACACGCAGGGGCAGUGGGCGUACCGGGAGGAUUACCAGCUGCAGUACGACACGGUGGAGGUGCCCCGGCGGGACGCCUGGAUCGAGCGGGGCUCCCGCAGCCUCCCCGACUCCGGCCGCGCCUCCCCCUGCCACCGCGACGGCGAGUGGUUCAUCAAACUGCUGCAGGCGGAGGUGGAGAAGAUGGAGGGCUGGUGCCAGCAGAUGGAGAGGGAGGCCGAGGACUAUGACCUGCCUGAGGAGAUCCUGGAGAAGAUCCGGAGCGCGGUGGGCAGUGCCCAGCUCCUCAUGUCCCAGAAGGUGCAGCAGUUCUACCGCCUCUGCCAGCAGAACAUGGAUCCCAACGCAUUCCCUGUGCCCACCUUCCAAGACCUGGCCGGAUUCUGGGACCUCCUGCAGCUCUCCAUUGAGGACGUCAGCAUGAAGUUUGCAGAGCUCCAGCAGCUCAAGGCCAACGGGUGGAAGAUUGUGGAGCCCAAGGAGGAGAAGAAGGUGCCUCCCCCGAUACCAAAGAAGCCGCCGCGCUCCAAGGUGCACCCGGUGAAGGAGCGCUCCCUGGACUCGGUGGACCGGCAGCGGCAGGAGGCCCGCAAGCGGCUCCUGGCAGCCAAGAGGGCCGCGUCCUUCCGCCAGAGCUCGGCCACCGAGAGCGCGGACAGCAUCGAGAUCUACAUCCCCGAGGCACAGACCCGGCUGUGACCGCAGCCUCCGCUUUUCUACCCGGACUGCACGGCGCGGCCGUAGCUCACUGUGAUGGGGGGCCGCGGGGACACCCUGGGGCAGCUCUUGGCCCCACUCACAGCUUCUCUCUUUUCUAUCUUAGACCUUUCGUGGAUCCGACGGCGGGUGAACGCAAGCCCGGUUCUGCCCCGUCCCCUUGCCCCCGCCCUGCCCGCAUGCCCCUGCCAGCCUCUCCUGGGGUCCGGGGCUCUCCCUCCCUCUGCCCUCCCUGGGGCUGUGUCCCAGCUCUCUGUCCCCUUCCCACUCCCCAGCCCUUCUGCACACCCCCUCUGCAUCCCCACCCAAAGAGAGGUGACCCUCAGUGCCCGACCCCGCCGGGCUGGAGGGGAGGGGGCUGCAGGCAGGCCCCCCCCGCCUCUCUGUACUCAGUGCAAUCCCCCGGUGUGCGGCAGGGAUGGACCCCCAGCCCCUGCUCGGCCAGAGCCCCCCAGCCCUGCUGCCCAGCCCCGCUGGGACACGGCAGGGACAAAGAGGUCCCCUCGCUGCUCCCCCCACCUGCGGCUCAGGUGUGGCGGGGACCCAGGGCUCCCUUCCCUAUAUACAUAUAUAAAUAUAACCCAAGGAAUAAACCAGAAACUACACGUGACCAGCGCUGUGUCCUGCCUGGUGGGACGGACCAGUGCAGCAGAGACCCCCGGUCACGGCGAGCCACCCUGCUUCCCUCGCACGGAGCAUCGCCACGCGCUUCUCCCCUUCCCGCUCAGCCCAUCCCUCAUCUGUCCCGCCUUCCCUCCUGCCAUCCUGGAGUCUGGGAGCACCUCUGCAGUGUGGCAGUAGCCAGGGACAGGGAACACAGCCCCCUGUGCCUCUCUGCCGGUGGGAGACCCUUCCCUGGUGUGUGGGUGAGGCGGUAGCAGUGGAGAUCUGCCUGCAGCCUGUUCCUACCUGUGGUGCCAGGGACCACAGCUGGGUUUGGCACCACUGGCUGGGACGGGAGCGUGGACAUGGCCAGCAGCUGCCCCUUGAGUGUGGGGCUGCUAGAGAUCCCCCUGGCAGGUCACUCCUUCUCCCCGAGCUCCCGGUGCCCUGCAGGAUGGGACAGCCCAAGAUGGGGCUGUCAUGUACCUGGUGCCCCCCGGGGCCAAGGGACACCCCGGGAUGUGGCUGCUCCCAGCUCCUCCAUCGCUGUGCACAGGGCCUGGGACAGGGUGGGGGGAGCCCCCAGUGGUCCCCUGCAGGGCAGAGCAGUGUGGUGGGGCAUGAAGCUGCAUCUGCCCCAUCCCUGUCUUUAUCCCCAUUCCCAGGCCUUCUCCAAGCAUCCUGUGCCCGACCCGUGUCCCUUGCCAUGCCAGCAGCCCCACGCAGCAUCACCAGCCACCCCCGAGGCAGGGCCGGUGGGUUCCAGGUAGCUCCUGAAACCCAGGGCCAAACCUCCCCCAUGCCCUCGGUCAGGGCGGUGGGGCUGGAGGCAGCUGGGGGGGCCGGGGCCGAGCAGCAGGACGCCUCGCUGGGGUCCCUCGGUGCUAAACACCUCCGUGACAGCAGCGCCCACCCAGCCACCCGAAGCCCUUCCCCACCCUGCUCCCCCUGCACCCCGGAUUUAGGGAUGUGCCUGGGAAGGGCCCCCCGGCCCGGCCAGCGCCGUGCAGUGACCGUGACACGUGGCUCCCUUUUUAUUGUAACGAACCGCCGCAAUUAAUAAAGAUGACUUUGGUUACUCCGGGCCAGCAGCCGCCUCCCCGCGGGGACACGGCCGGCGCCGGGCUCGCCUUUCA